CACCCGCAAAACCGCUGGCCCUAAACAUUUCCCAUUAUCUCCCUUCUCUCUCUUGACUCUCUCUCUGUCUCUCUGUUUUUCCUUUUUCUCUUUCGAAAAAGCUUUUACGAAACUCGGAAGCCACCGAAAGAAGAAAACAAAAACCAGAUUACCAGGCCACCACGACGAGGAAGAAGACCGAAGAACGAAGAAUUUUCUAGAUUCUUCUGCGCUUCGUAGAUCCAGAAUGGCGGAAUAGCUCCUCCUGGUUUCCGCAUUGUUUUGGACGAGGACUGUCGUUCGUCUGUUUCUUUGUUCGUCGCUGGUUUUUUUGGUUGUCUCUCGGUCGCUCAUUGAGUUACGGACGCGGCCAUUUUCAUUUCAUUUGUUCAGGUUUUUUUGUGUCUGAUCUGAGGCGUCUGUUUGGUUGCUGAGACAGUUGGAGGUAAAAAAAGAGGAAAUGCUGUUUGAUUGGUGCUUGUCAUCAUGGUUGCUACUGCGGCUGCUUCGUCGUUCUUUCCGGUAACUUCGCCGUCUCCCGACCCUGGUGCGAAGAGCACCAAACUUGGGAGCACGAAUUUGGGUGGAACAAAAUCAAAAUCUGGCUCGACUUUGCAAGUCAAGGCAAACGCCCAAGCCCCACCUAAGAUAAAUGGCACUUCUGUUGGUUUGGCUGGUCAUGUUGAAAGCACGAAAAAUGGGGAUGACGUGCCCUCUGCUGCUCCCGCGCGGACUUUCAUUAACCAAUUGCCUGAUUGGAGCAUGCUUCUUGCUGCUAUUACAACAAUCUUCUUAGCAGCGGAGAAGCAGUGGAUGAUGCUUGACUGGAAACCCAAACGGAAUGACGUGCACGUUGACCCAUUUGGUAUAGGAAGAAUUGUUCAGGAUGGUCUCGUUUUCAGACAGAACUUUCCUAUUAGAUCAUAUGAAAUAGGUGCUGAUCGAACGGCUUCCAUAGAGACGUUUAUGAAUCAUUUACAGGAAACGGCGCUUAAUCAUGUGAAGUCAGCUGGGCUUCUUGGUGAUGGAUUUGGCUCAACACCAGAAAUGACCAAGAGGAACCUGAUAUGGGUGGUCACCAAAAUGCAGGUUGUGAUAGAUCGCUAUCCAACUUGGGGUGAUGUUGUUCAAGUGGACACUUGGGUUAGUGCAUCUGGAAAGAAUGGUAUGCGUCGUGAUUGGAUCGUUCGUGAUUCUGCAACUGGUGAAAUCUUAACAAGAGCCUCCAGUGUUUGGGUGAUGAUGAAUAAAGUGACGAGGAGGUUAUCAAAAAUUCCUGAGGAAGUUAGAGGAGAAAUAGAGCCUUAUUUUCUGAGUUAUGAUCCUGUUGUGGAAGAGGAUGGUAGAAAGCUGACGAAGCUGGAUGACAAGACUGCAGAUUUUGUUCGUUCUGGCUUAACUCCUAGGUGGAGUGAUUUAGAUAUCAAUCAGCACGUCAACAAUGUGAAGUACCUUGGCUGGAUCCUAGAGAGUGCUCCUUUGUCGAUCCUGGAGAGCUAUGAGCUCGCUUCAAUGACUCUGGAGUAUCGGAGGGAGUGUGGGAAGGACAGCAUGCUGCAGUCCCUGACUGCGGUCUCUGCUGCAGACAUAGGCCAUCUGGGAAGAUCUGGGGGAGUUGAGUGCCAGCACUUGCUUCGGCUUGAGAAUGGAGCGGAGAUUGUGAGGGGAAGGACUGAGUGGAGGCCGAAACACGCCAACAAUCUUGGGACGAUGGGUGAGCUUCCGGAAGAAAACGCUUGAGUCUCUCUGGGUUGUUCUUUGUAGCUGGAACAACAACAACAUUAGUCUUCCCUGAUGUGUGUCCAAUGCUUGUGUAGAAUCCUGCUCAUGCUUCUUGAACUUGCAUUAUAAUGUUUGUUCAUCUUAUGCAUAUAUAAUGUACUUAUAUAUAUCGCCCCUAAUCUGUCUUUCCGAAAAAGACAGAAGAGAAAGAAGUAAUCCCAUUGUAAUUAGCUCUGCCCUCACUAUAUCUCUCUCUCUCUACCUCUCUAUCUCUCAAAAUAUUCUCUCGUGCUAGCCUGGCCUGGCUGGUUGGUGGGCUCUUUGAAGAGAGUGUACUCAUUCUCUUGGUGUCAUUUGGACCCAUAGCUGUCUAGGUAUAGUGCAGGUUUAUUUAAGUAGCUAAAUUGGGCCAGACGUGUAUUUAUUUAUUUGUUUGUUUUUAUUAUAAUAAUAAUUAUUUUUUGCA